AUGGCCCGAGAACCAGCCUUGGACCCAGCACCACCCGUGGCGUUAGAACCAGCCUUGGACCCAACUCCAGACUUCGCCCCAGCCCCAGACUUGGCCCCAACAUCAGCAGUGUUCCAAAAAUCAGCCUUGCUCCCAGCCCCAGAGUUUGCCACAACACCAGCCAUGGUACGAGAACCAGCCUUGGUCCCAGCCACAGACAUGGCCCCAACACCAGCUGUGAAUCGAGAACCAGCCUUGGCCCCAGCCGCAGACUUGGACCCAUACCCAGACUUGGCUACAGCAGCACCAGCUUUGGUCCGAGAACCAGCCUUCAACCCAGCCCCAGACUUGGCCCCAACGCCAGCCUUGUUCCAAGCCCCAGAUUUGGAGCCAUCCCCAGACUUGGCCCCAACAUCAGCCGUGGCCCAAGAACCAGCCUUGCUCUACGCCAGGCCCCGCCGGCUGAAGACCCAGAAGGAUCAGGCCACGGCCUAUGCCCGAGGAUCCUCCCCCAAGAGAAAGGAGGGUGGCCACGGGGGUGUCGUCAGCAGUCCCAUGGCCCCAAAGUCCGAAGCUCUACCCCAGCCCCCGCGUCACCAGGAGCAGGACCCGUGGCGGCGCAUGGUGGGACAAGUCGCACAAGUCGCGGCGGAGGUGGUACAAUUGGUACAAUUAGCGUUGGCCGAAAUGACAGCGGCCGAAAUGACAGCGGUGGCGGGAGCGGGCGUCGCAGCAGGGGAAGAGGGCGAGGGAGAGUCUGUGGAGGGGCGCCUUGGCCCCAGAAGCACCCUUGGCCCCAGCACCACCCUUGGCCCCAGCACCACCCUUGGCCCCAACAUCAGCCCCAGACUUGGACCCAGCCCCAUACUCGCCGCAGCCUAG